UCAUAACCAUGCAGAUUUUUCCCACGGUAAGGUGCUCGUACUCGGAUCUCGUUCAGUCGGUAGCGAUCCAUACGACAGAAUAACACUGGGACUGAUCUCCCGCUCGUGCUUGGAAUCCGCUGUCCUCGUUCAACCACCGUCCGCUACCACCACGGCCAGCAUGGCAGCGUCGUUCGAUGUGGCGGCCAUCAGAGGCCACUUCCCGGCCCUCGCCCAGGACCAGGUUUUUAUGGACAAUGCCGGUGGUGCGCAGGUGCUGCAGACCGUCAUCACGUCCAUCUCGGAUUACCUGUCCCGGAACAACGUGCAGCUGGGCGCGUCGUACCCGGUGUCACAGAUCUCCACGACUAAGUUCAACGAGGGCCACAUGGCGGGGGCAAAGUACAUCAACGCCUCGCCCAAGGAGGUGGUGUUUGGCCCGUCGACGACCCAGCUGUUCCGUAACCUCUCGGUCGCCCUAAAGAUCGAGCCGGGCGCCGAGAUUGUCCUGUCGAGCCUCGACCACGAGGCCAACCUGGCGCCCUGGGUGCAGAUGGCCGAGUGGAAAGGCGUGACCGUCAAAUGGUGGAUUCCGACGCAGAACACAGACUCCAACCCCAAGCUAGAGCCCGAGGACUUGAAGAAGUUGCUCUCGGACAAGACCCGGCUGGUCUGCUGCACGCACACGUCGAAUAUCCUGGGCACCGUGACCGACGUUGCCGCGCUGUCGAAGGCCAUCCAUGAAACCAACCCCAACACCCUGUUCUGUGUCGAUGCCGUGGCGUAUGCCCCGCACGCCCCCGUCGACGUCAAGGCGUUCGGCGUCGACUUCUACUCCUUCUCGUGGUACAAAGUGUACGGGCCGCACGUCUCGAUGCUCUACGUCAGCGAGAAGGCGCAGCAACAGAUCGUGAGCCUCGGCCACUACUUCAAGCCCGGCGACACGCUGGAGGAGAUGUUGGGGCUAGCGGCAGGCAAUUACGAAUGUAUCCAAUCCGUUCCCCUCAUCGCCAAGUAUAUCGACACGGUGGGCUGGGGCGCCAUCGCCGCGCAAGAGGAGAAGAUCCAGGAGAUCUUGCUGGCGUACCUGCGGUCGAAGCCCGACCAAAUCAAGAUCUACGGGGAGCCUUCCUCAGACAGAAAGCUGCGGGUGCCGGUCAUCAGCUUCAGGGUCAAGGGCCAGAGUUCAUUGGGGAUCAUUGACGCCAUUGAAGCGAGGUCGAAUUUCGGGUGCCGCAACGGACACUUCUAUAGCAAGCGCCUCUGCGACAACGUCCUCCACAUUCCAGACAGCGAUGACGGCGUGGUCAGGUGCUCAUUGCUGCACUAUAACACUGUCGAGGAAGUCGAAGGUCUGGUCAAGGUGCUGGAUGAAGUCAUCAAGGAAGGAGCAGGAAAGCAUGUCGAGGACCCCGAGAGGAAGAAUGUUGCAAAUUGGUGAGCGUAGGCCUUGCAAAAAUAGACCUUGCAAGGACGUGCGCGGUCGUCCAUUCGCCGUCGACCGCACCUCGAUGCGGUAUCUGUAUCUGUAUGGAACAAGACAUCGACUCACGAGACAAUCGAG